AUGGCACCAAGCAUGUCCAUGGAAGGGGAUAGAAAUUACACUUCUGUGGCCGUGUUUAUUCUCCUGGGACUCUCAGAUGAAAAAGAGUGGCAGCUUGUCCUCUUCCCAAUCUUCCUAGGGAUCUACCUUAUGACCCUAGUCUGGAAUCUGGGUCUUAUCAUCCUAAUCAGGGUGGACUGCCACCUGCACACACCUAUGUACUUUUUUCUCAGUUUCCUGUCAUUUUUAGACAUCUGCUAUUCUUCUACCAGCCCAAGGAUGCUUUCAGACUUCUUAAAAGAUGAAAAAACAAUUUCCUUCACUGCCUGUGCCACCCAAUAUUUUGUUGGGUGCUGGAUGGGUCAGGCUGAGUGCUGUCUCUUGGCUGCCAUGGCCUAUGACAGAUAUGUUGCUAUUGGUAGGCCUCUGCAGUACUCAGCCAUCAUGGCUCCUGGCCUCUGUCAGAAGAUGGUUGCUGGGGCCUAUGGGAGUGGUUUCCGUAGUUCAGUUCAAACAGUCCCUAGUUUUCAUCUCCACUUUUGUGGGCCCAAUAUCAUUCUAAAUUUCUUCUGUGACAUAAUCCAGAUUAUUUCCUUGUCUUGCACCAAUCCCUUUAUCAUCCACAUGAUUAUUUUUCUGGUAGCAUUUUUUACUGGAUUCAGGUCUUUUCUUUUUAUCCUCUUAUCUUAUGGUUUUAUUGCAGUUUCUAUUCUGAAACUAUCCUCUGCCAAAGGUAGUGCCAAGGCAUUCAAUACUUGUGCCUCCCACCUGGCAGUUGUGACAAUCUUCUAUGGUACAGGCCUCUUUAUGUACCUGAAUCCUAGCUCUAGCCACUCCAAGAAUCAGAACAAGGUGCUGUCAGUGUUCUAUGUUAUCCUAAUCCCCAUGUUAAACCCUGUUAUCUAUAGUUUGAGGAACAAGGAAAUCAAAGAGGCCCUCAAAAGGGUGGUAAAGAGGACAACACAUUUAUCUCACUAA